UUCCAGAGCCAUCUAUCUCUCAGCUGAUUGAUGCAAUAGGGCAGAACAAGCUUGAGGUUUUGAAGCAAAAUGCUGAGGAAUGCUUGGAUUUACAGAUGCCCAAAGAGCUGCCAGCAGCAGAGAAAGAACUUCUUGUGACCCAGUGGGAGGCAGAGCGCAAGAAAGAGCCGUGUGAGGAUGUCUUCAUGGUCCCAGCCAACAUCCUGGUGAUCCCUCCUGAAGAGGAGGCAGCUUGUGAUGCCUCCAAUGCAGAUGCAUGUGAAAUGACUCCUGGGAAGAGCAGUGAUGAUCGGAGGGUGCCAGUUGACCAGAGUGCAGUAUCCCAAGUCAGCCCUGUGGAGUCAACAGCAUUGUCGCAGAACUCAGAGGCAUCUCUGGACAACCCCUGGGACAAGCUUCCUCCCAUUUCCUUGACUCUGAACUCCUCAGAAGAAAAGUCCUUUCAGUCUGAUUCUCCGCAUGCUCCAGAGCCCCAACUGAACAUGGCUGCUGACAGCAACACCCCUGACUUGCUGGAGUCGUCUAGCCAGGACGUGCUGCAGGACGUCCCCGUGGAGACGUCGUCCCCCUCCCUGCUCUGCUCACAUGGCGAUACCGACGCUGCAGAGGCCAGCACAUCUCGAGCGACGUCAGCUGCGGAGGGACCCGGCAGAGCCUCCAGUGCUGCUCAAGGCCCACAGGCGUCAGGACGCUCCCAGGCUGAAGAGUUGUCCCUCUCUCCAGCUUUUCCUGUCCUGCCUAGCAGCCGCUUGGCAUCCGAAGCUGAAGGGGCAUCUCACAGAGAGCAGGCGGACUCCAGUGGCACGGCUUUCCCUCCUGAUGGAGCGAAGGUUGGCCUGUCUCAUGCUAGGACCAAGCGGGAAGAAGCCCCCUGUGGCAGCAGACAGUCUGUGGGUGCCAAGAGGAAGCUGUUGGUGGGAGACAGCCAAACACUGUCUGACAUUCGUAGGUCUCUCCAGGGACAGCAGCACAAGCAGCAUUCCAGGGGUGCCUCCUUGGACAGUGAGAGCGACACGAGCAGAAACCAGGGAGCAAAGAAGAGCAGAAAAGAAAAGACCAGGCUGCAGUGUGAAGAGGAACCUCCUGAGCAGGAAGAUGAGCAGGCAUCCUCAGCGAGUGGUCUGGACCGCAAGCGAGAGCAACGUGAACCUCUGCAGCCGGUAAAGAUGAAGUGGCUGGUGGCCUGUCCCUGUGUAACAGGGCCUGGCUCUGGUGGGGUUGUGCAGUUGAAAGUAGGUGGAGACUGGGUGGCCCCAGCAGAGCCAACCUUCCUUGUCUUCCAAAGAGCCAUAGCAGAGCUGUGA